AUGUUGAGAGCUAGGUCGAGAUUUGUGAGGGCUCAUUGGCCAAGUGUUGUUUCCCGGAGAUGGAUUUCCAUGAACUUAGAGCUGGAAAAUGCGCUAAAGAGGCUUCCAGAUAGUGGUGUGGUGGUUGUAGGUGCUGGACAUGCUGGAUGCGAAGCUGCAGCUGGAUCGGCAAGGUCUGGGGCACCUACAGUGGUUGUGACACCAUAUAUAGAUAAGAUAGGGACUUGUUCGUGCAAUCCGUCCAUGGGUGGUAUCGGAAAAGGUACAUUGCUGAGAGAAGUUGAUGCUUUGGAUGGUGUGGCUGCUCGAGUUACUGAUUUGGCUGGUAUUCAGUUCAAGAUGUUGAAUAAGAGUCGAGGAGCAGCCGUCUGGGGACCCAGAGCACAGAUUGACCGUGAGAUUUACAAGAAGGAAAUGCAAAAUAUUUUGUUCAACUACUCAAACCUAUCGCUAAAAGAAGGUAAGGUCAAAGAUCUGAUCAUUGAUUGUCGGGAGUCCAAAGCCGGAGAGUAUGGGAAAGUGCAAGGAGUUAUAUUGGAGAGUGGGGAUUUACUCAAGACGUCGAAAGUUGUUAUAACAACAGGAACGUUCUUAAGCGCAGAGAUUCACAUUGGACUGAAAUCGUUUCCUGCGGGCAGGAUUGGUGAAGAACCCACUUAUGGGAUCAGUUCCUCUCUAGCAGAUGCUGGUUUCAAAUUGGGUAGGCUGAAGACGGGAACGCCCGCACGUCUAGACGGUAAGACUAUUGAUUAUACCCACUUGGAGAAACAGUAUGGUGACGAACCUCCACAUCCGAUGAGUGUGAUGAAUGAGGAGGUUGCCAUCAAAGAUCAAAUUUUGUGCUAUGGAACACAGACGACGUUAGCAUUGCAUGACUACUUGCGCUCUAAUUUGACCCAGUCAUUGCAUAUUCGUGAAACCGUCAAGGGACCUCGCUACUGCCCCUCAAUAGAAGCCAAGAUAAUCAGGUUUGCCGAUAAGGAUUCGCAUAGGAUUUGGCUUGAACCAGAAGGUCUAAACACAGACGUUGUUUACCCCAAUGGAAUAUCGAACUCGAUGCCGGAAGACGUGCAGGAAAAGAUGAUGCGAAUGAUCCCUGGUCUUGAGAAUGUUAAAAUUGUUCAACCAGCUUAUGGAGUAGAGUAUGACUAUGUGGAUCCUAGACAGUUGAAGCAGACUUUGGAAACAAAGCCCAUAUCAGGUUUGUAUCUAGCCGGCCAGAUAAACGGUACUACCGGAUAUGAAGAAGCCUGUGCGCAAGGUGUGGUGGCUGGUAUAAAUGCCGGUCUCUCCCUCCUAAACAAAGCUCCAUUGUUGCUAUCUCGCUCUGAUGCGUACAUCGGUGUGCUCAUUGAUGAUCUAAUUGUGAAAGGCGUGGAGGAACCUUAUAGGAUGUUCACAUCGAGAUCCGAAUUCAGAGUCAGUGUUCGUGCUGAUAAUGCUGAUAUGAGGUUAACAGAACUAGGUCGCCAGCAUGGAGUAGUUAAGGAUGAAAGAUGGAAUAAAUUUAAGUCUGAUAAAGACAGUUACGAAGAUGUGGUAUCUCUUUUGCAGAACUUUGAGCUAAGUGCUACUAAGUGGUCUCAAUAUCUCGAAAUGAAUGUUGCAAACUCUGCUAGAAAUAGGCCUGCUUGGGAGCUCCUCAGGUUUAAUGGUGUUAACCUUGAAAAGAUGGCUGAACUUUUUCCAGAAUUGAGCUCCAAGAUAAAAGAUCUUCCCAGGCAUGUGGCUCUUAAGGUUAACGUCCAAGGUAAAUAUGAUCCUUAUAUGACGAAGCAAAAUCAAUACGUGAGGGCUUUUCAAGCGGAUGAGCAGAUGCUUCUUCCUUCAAAUUUUGAUUACUCUACACUGCCAACGCUGUCUUCUGAGUGCAAAACGUUGCUCAACACAAUUCAACCAUCUACAAUUGGCCAGGCACGAAGGAUCCAGGGCAUAACAGCGGCCUCGUUAUUUGAACUUUACAGGCUAGUAAAAUCCAAACAGCGUACGCUCAGAGAUCAGACGCUUGUUGAAACUGUCUAG